AUGCACAAGAACAUGUCGGUUCAGACAGAGGAAGGAUAUGAGGAGGAAGAGGAGGAAGGAGAGAAGGGUGGUGGGAAGGGUGAGACGGAGGAGCAGAAGCAGAGAGAGAAGCGGGUGUGUAGAGUAGUAAGUGGAGGGAGAGGGAUGAUGAGAGCAGAGAGCACAUUGGGUGAGACGGUCUGUGUGGAUGGUCGGAUGGUGAAGGACAGCAAGUGUCAGCGCUGCCCUGCGAUGAACGGUGGAGCUGAAGCUGCUUUUGAGGCGCCUCAAGAGACGGCCCGUGUGGAUGGUCGGAUGGUGAACGACAGCAAGUGUGAGCAUUGCCCUCCGAACCUCUCACACUCUCUGCCAAAGCCCCUUAAACCCGCCUCCCCUCACUCCUCAUCACCCCCUCCCCACCCCUCUUCCCUCUACCCCUCACACACAACCCAUCACACACCUCCCCCAAACCUAAACUUUUCUGCUGCCUCCUCUCAUCCCUCACCCCCUCUUCCUCCCCUCACCUCCCACCGCACCCAACCUCUCCCUUUACCCUUCUCACCGCAACCCUCCUCCCUCACCUCCCACCCGUCCCAACCUUCCCCCUCCCAUCCUUCCCUGCCCCUUUUCUCCCCGCACCCCGCCUCCUCUUCCUCCCCUGAUGCCUCUCAGCCCCCUGCAUCCCGCCAUUCGCCCCACCUCCGGCCCCAGUCUUCCCGCCGCCCCUCCCCUCUCAGUCCCUUGCUCUCUCACAGGCGUGCAAGCAUGAGGGCUCGGCUGGAGUCGUUUCUGGGGGAUAGGGAGGAGGAGGGGGAGGGCAAAGCGGAAGGGGAAGGGGAAGGGGAAGGGGAAGGGGAAGGGGAAGGGGAAGGGGAAGGGGAAGGGAAAUGGGAGAGGGAAGGGGAGGGGAAAGGGGAGGGAAAAGGGGAGGGGAAGGGGGGCGGGGAGGGCGGGGGGCAGCAGCGUGGGGCGGAUUCAGCCUGUGAGAGGGGGCAAGAUAGAUUUGCUGGGAUGGGUGGUUCAUAUGGAGUAAGGAGAGACGUGCUGUCAGACGUAGCGGGCAGAUAUGACGGACCAGGCAGAAUGGGUUUGGAAAAUCAGGCGGCAAGAGGGCGUGACGGGUGUGGCUUGAGGGCGAGUCAGACGGAACUCUAUACGGUUGUCACUGGAGAGGAUGUGAAGAAGAGAGAGAGUUGUGAUGAGGUUAAGGAUAUGGAUAGAAGAAGCAAGAUGGAGGGGCGUCUAGAAGUCAAAGGGAAGGGAGGAGGGAAGUGCAGAGAAGAGAGGGGCGCAACGAGUUUGGCACAGGCAUGCCGAUUGGGAUGGACGGCGAGAGAAGAGGAGAGAGAUGCAGUUGUUCGGAGUGAGGCUGUGCGUGGGGAGGCGGCGGGAAGUAGUCGGAAGAGGGAACGGCGAUGGGAAGCGGAGGAGGGCGGCGGUGAUGGGGGCAUGGACGCUAUUCGGCGUGUGCUGGGGUUUGAGGAUAUGGAAUCAGUGGUGGUGGUGGUGCAGGCAUGUGGGGAGGAUAGCUGCGGCUUUUCGGUUGGAGGAAAGGAAGGGAGCAGUGGGAAGGCUGACGUCACAGCAAGAUCAACAGCAGCUGGAACAACAGGAACAAUGGCAGGGGACGCGUGGUUAUCGAAAUCAGUAUGCGCAGCAGCAUCAGCACCACCAACAUCAACAUCAGCAGCAGCAAGAACAAGUGCAGCAGCAGCAACUGCAGCAACAGCACCACCAACAGCAACAGCAACAGCAGCAACAGCAACAGCAACAGCAACAGCAACAGCAGCAACAGCAACAGCAACAGCAGCAGCAACAGCACAGCACAGCAACAGCAGCAGCAGCAGCAGCAGCAGCAGCAGCAGCAGCAGCGCAGCAGCAGCAGCAGCAGCAGCAGCAGCAGCAGCAGCAGCAGCAGCAGCAGCAGCAGCAGCAGCAGCAGCAGCAGCAGCAGCAGCAGCAGCAGCAGCAGCAGCAGCAGCAGCAGCAGCAGCAGCAGCAGCAGCAGCAGCAGCAGCAGCAGCAGCAGCAGCAGCAGCAGCAGCAGCAGCAGCAGCAGCAGCAGCAGCAGCAGCAGCAGCAGCAGCAGCAGCAGCAGCAGCAGCAGCAGCAGCAGCAGCAGCAGCAGCAGCAGCAGCAGCAGCAGCAGCAGCAGCAGCAGCAGCAGCAGCAGCAGCAGCAGCAGCAGCAGCAGCAGCAGCAGCAGCAGCAGCAGCAGCAGCAGCAGCAGCAGCAGCAGCAGCAGCAGCAGCAGCAGCAGCAGCAGCAGCAGCAGCAGCAGCAGCAGCAGCAGCAGCAGCAGCAGCAGCAGCAGCAGCAGCAGCAGCAGCAGCAGCAGCAGCAGCAGCAGCAGCAGCAGCAGCAGCAGCAGCAGCAGCAGCAACAGCAGCAACAACAGCAACAGCAACCGCAACAACAGCAACAGCAACAGCAACCGCAACAACAGCAACAGCAACAGCAACCGCAACAACAGCAACAGCAACAGCAACCGCAACAACAGCAACAGCAACAGCAACCGCAACAACAGCAACAGCAACAGCAACCGCAACAACAGCAACAGCAACAGCAACCGCAACAACAGCAACAGCAACAGCAACCGCAACAACAGCAACAGCAACAGCUGCAACAGCAGCAUCAUUGUCUGCAUUAGCAGCAGCAGCAGCAGCAGCGGUAUCAGUGCUGGCACAGCCUUCUGUGCCUCGUCCUGUGAGAUUGCAGGGCAGGCCGGCUCUGUGGGCGCUGUGCCAUGGGGAGAAGAGGGCGGAGAGGGCAGAGAGGGAUGGGGAAGUGAAAGCGGUGGCCGUGUUUGUAUUGGCACGCACUGCUGCCGCCGCUGCUGGUGGUGUUUCUGCCUUUGCUGCCGCUGCUGCUGCUGGUCGGGAAGAGGCUGGUCCAGUGGUGGGCGUGCAUGUACUGGCAAGUGACGCUGACAGCACAACAUUCAUUGACAAGAUCUUAUUGUUCCCUGGUCGUGUGCUGUGGAAAUUACCUCCGUGA